UUCUCUCUCUCUCUUUCAUAUCAAAACAAAACAUGGACAAGCCUACACCUCGUAUCAACUCUGCCUUGAGAGAAAAAUAUGUCGGCAAAGUAGUUCGUCUUGUCGGCAAACUCCAUUCUCUUUCUGGCAAUACCGCAGUAUUAACUGCUGCUGAUCAUGGACAAGUCAUGGUUAAAUUAAACGGUGAAAGUCAAUGGGGCACUGAUUAUGUUGAAGUUAUUGGUCAAAUUGAAUCUGACUAUACCUUGAGAGAAUUCAAGACAAAUAACCUUGGAAAUUCAUUUGGUAAGUAUACAUCUAAACAGCCAUAGCUAAAUGUUUAUAUGUAGAUCUUGACUUGGCAAAUAAGGUGAUUGAAUACGCUCAAAAACUUCCAGACAUGUUUGAAUAAAUGUAUAU